AAGCUCACCGCCUGGCUGUGGACAUCUGUGUCAGCAUGUGGGUCCUGGUUCUCUUCAUCGCCUUGUCUGUGGGGUGCACUGGUGCAGUGCCCCUCAUCCAGUCUCGGAUUGUGGGAGGCUGGGAGUGCGAGAAGCAUUCCCAACCCUGGCAGGCGGCUGUGUACAGUCAUGGAUGGGCACACUGUGGGGAUGUCCUGGUGCACCCCCAGUGGGUGCUCACAGCUGCCCAUUGCCUAAAGAAGUAAGUAGGAUCCUGGGAACUGGGGAGGGAACGUCUGUGUCCCACAGGAAUAACAGCUGGAUACUUCUCCCAGGGUCACUUCUUAGGAAUAGCCAGUUCUGGCUGGGUCGGCACAACCUGUUUGAGCCUGAAGACACCGGCCAGAGGGUCCCUGUCAGCCACAGCUUCCCACACCCGCUCUACAAUAUGAGCCUUCUGAAGUGUCGAAGCCUUAGACCGGAUGAAGACUCCAGCCACGGCCUCAUGCUGCUCCGCCUGUCAGAGCCUGCCAAGAUCACAGAUGCUGUGAAGGUCCUGGGCCUGCCCACCCAGGAGCCAGCACUGGGGACCACCUGCUAUGCCUCAGGCUGGGGCAGCAUCCAACCAAAGGAGUUCCUGCGCCCAAAGAGUCUUCAGUGUGUGAACCUCCAUCUCCUGUCCAAUGACAUGUGUGCCGGAGCUUACUCUGAGAAGGUGACAGUGUUCAUGUUGUGUGCUGGGCUCUGGACAGGUGGUAAAGACACUUGUGGGGGUGAUUCUGGGAGUCCACUUGUCUGUAAUGGUGUGCUUCAGGGUAUCACGUCAUGGGGCCCUGAGCCUUGUGCCCUGCCUGAAAAGCCUGCUGUGUACACCAAGGUGGUGCAUUACCGGAAGUAGAUCAAGGACACCAUCGCAGCCAACCCCCUGAGUGCCCCCGUCCCACCCCUACCUCUAGUAGAUUUAAGUCCACCUCACGUUCUGGCAUCACUUGGCCUUUCUGGAUGCUGGACACCUGAAGCUUGGAACUCACCUGGCCAAAGCUUGAGCCUCCUGAGUCCUACGGACCUGUGCUCUCUGGUGUGGAUUCCAGGGCUGCUAGGAAAAGGAAUGGGCAGACACAGGUGUAGGCCAGUGUUUCUGAAAUUCGUGUAAUUUCAUCCUCUCCUUCGGAACACUGGCCGUGUCUGGAGACUUCUCACUCAGUUUCAGUGAGGACACACACAAGGACGCGGGUGACCAUGUUGUUUGUGGGGUGCAGAGACGGGAGGGGUGGGGCCCACCCUGGAAGAGCGGACAGUGACACAAGGUGGACACUCUCUACAGAUCACUGAACAUAAGCUGGAGGCACAACGUAUGAGGCACGCGCACAGCAAGGAUGACACUGAAAACGUAACCCACUCUGUCCUGGGAGCACUGGGAAGCCUAGAGAAGACCGUGAGCAGAAAGAAGGGGAGGGUCCUCCUGUGUUGUUGAAGGAGGGACUAAGGGGAGAAACUGGAAGCUGAUUAAUUAUAGGAGACGUGUUCAGGUCCCCCAGCCACCGUCAGAUUUGAUGAUUUCCUAGCGGGACUUCCAGAAAUAGAGAGCCAUCAUGCUGUGGUUUAUUAUGGUUUGUUACAUCGAUAGGAUACCUAUUGAAAUCAGCAAACAAAACAGACGUAUAGAUUACAGUGUGGAGAAAACAGAGGAAAACUUGUAGUUACGAAGAUGAGCAACUUGGCUUUACUAAGUUUUCAGACUGUCAGGAAGUCAAAGCUAUUAGGCUGAGGACCUUGUGGAGUGUAGCUGAUCCAGCUGAUAAAGGAACUGGCCAGGUGGGGGCCUUUCCCUUUGGAUGGAGGGCAUAUCUGACAGUUAUUCUCUCCAAGUAGAGUCUUAUGGACAGCACGUAAUUCUCCCUGCAAGGAUACAUGAUAAUAUGUAUGAAGUAAUCCCAACUAAGGAAGCUCACCUGAUCCUUAGUGUCCAGGGUUUUUACUGGGGGUCUGUAGGAUGAGUAUGGAGUACUUGAAUAAUUGACCUUAAGUCCUCAGACCUGAGGUUCCCUAGAGUUCAAACAGAUACAGCACGGCCCAGAGUCCCAGAUGUACAAAAACAGGCAUGCAUCACAAAUCCCAUUUUUAGCAUGAAGCGUCUGGCAUGGCCCAAGGCCCCAAGUAUACCAAGGCACUUGGGCAGAACAGUCCAAGGAAUCAAAUAUCAUCUCCCAGGAGUUAUUCAAGGAUGAGCCCUUUACUUGGAAUGUACAGGUUUUGAGCAGUGCAGGGCUGCUGCGUCAACCUUUUACUGUACAGGGGGUGAGGGAAAGGGAGAGGAUGAGGAAACCGCCCUGGGGAUUUGGUUUGGUCUUGUGAUCAGGUGAUCUAUGGAGCUAUCCUUACAAAGAAGAAUCCAGAAAUAGGGGAAAAUAGAGGAAUGACACUGAACUCAAAGAGCAUUCAAUCAUUGUUUUAUUUGCCUUCUUUUCACACCAUCGGUGAGGGAGGAAUUCCCACCCUGGGGUUAUGAAGAUGGUUGAACACCCCACACAUAGCACUGGAGAUAUGAGAUCAACAGUUUCUUAGCCACAGAGAUUCACAGCCUAGAGCAGGAGGACACUGCACACCAUGCAGGAUGACAUGGGGGAUGCGCUCAGGAUUGGCAUGAAGAAGCAAGGACUGUGAGAGGCAGGCUUUAGAGUAACAAGAGGGUGGGGUGAACUCUGAUUUCCAUGGGGGAAUGUCACGGUUUUGUUUUACUAAGUUUUGAGACUGGAAGGUAGUGAGACUCAUUAGACUAACAACCUUGUGGAUGCAACUGACCCGGCUGAUGGAGGAAGUAGCCAGGUAGGAGCCUUUCCCAGUGGGUGUGGGACAUGUCUGGCAAGAGUAGGAGAUUUUGUGGCACUCCUGGUUACAGAUAUACUGAGGCAGCAAAUAAAAUUGAAUCUUGUUUUCUGACCUUA